UCCCUCGGAUUUUCAUUUUUAAUCACAGCACAGAAAACUCCAAACCAACCUCAAGGCAUUUAGCAAGGUGAAAGAGAGAUGGCAGCUGCAACAUCUGGUGGUGUGUUAAAUGGGUUUGGAUCUCAUUUCUUAUGUGGAGGAAAGAGGAGCAAAGCCCUUCUGGCUGCUGGCAUUGGAGGCAAAGUUGGUGCUGCUGUUAGUCGCAGAAGAGUUAUCGUUGCUGCUGCCCCAAAGAAAUCAUGGAUCCCUGCUGUGAAGGGUGGUGGAAAUUUCGUUGACCCAGAAUGGCUUGAUGGCUCGCUACCAGGUGACUAUGGUUUUGACCCACUGGGUCUAGGCAAGGACCCAGCAUUCCUGAAAUGGUAUAGGGAAGCUGAACUCAUUCAUGGGAGGUGGGCAAUGGCGGCAGUUGUAGGAAUCUUUGUUGGGCAGGCCUGGAGUGGAGUUCCAUGGUUUGAGGCUGGAGCUGAUCCUAAUGCACUUGCUCCUUUCUCCUUUGGUACUCUAUUAGGUACCCAAUUGCUUCUCAUGGGAUGGGUUGAGAGCAAGAGAUGGGUGGACUUCUUCAACCCAGAUUCACAAUCAGUGGAAUGGGCCACCCCAUGGUCAAGAACUGCUGAGAACUUUGGCAAUGCUACUGGUGAUCAAGGCUACCCUGGGGGAAAAUUCUUUGACCCUUUGGGAUUUGCUGGCAUCAUCAAGGAUGGUGUCUACAUUCCAGAUGCAGAGAAGCUAGAAAGACUGAAAUUGGCUGAGAUUAAGCAUGCUAGGAUUGCAAUGUUGGCUAUGCUGAUUUUCUACUUUGAGGCUGGACAGGGGAAGACACCUCUUGGUGCUCUUGGCUUGUAAACAAAAAUAAUGCUUCCUAAAUCGCACUUUGUCUAUUCCAGCAAAGAAGAAAUUCUCUUGAGAACCUCCAACUUCAGGUUGCAACAUAACCAAGCCACCAACUUGUGCCAUUGCCUGCAUCAAGACCCCUCA